AUAAUUUAUAUCUUGACAUGAACGGCAUCAUUCAUCAUUGCUCCCACCCUAAUGAUAUGGAUGCUCACUACCGUAUUUCGGAGGAAAAAAUUUUCAUCGGCAUAUUCAACUAUAUUGAUCAUCUAUUUACAAAAAUUAAGCCGAAAAAAUUGUUUUUUAUGGCGGUCGAUGGAGUUGCACCCAGGGCUAAAAUGAAUCAACAACGUUGCAGGCGGUUUAGAACUGCAAAAGAUGCUGCAGAAGCCGUCCGAAAGGCAGAAUCAAAAGGCGAUGUAUUACCACAGGAAGAACCAUUUGAUAGUAAUUGUAUUACUCCAGGUACUGAAUUCAUGGCAAAGAUAUCCCUCCAACUCAAAUAUUUCAUAAACAAAAAAGUGACCGAGGACGCUAAUUGGAGAGGCAUAAAAAUAGUGUUAUCUGGACAUGAGGUCCCGGGUGAAGGCGAGCACAAAAUUAUGGAAUAUAUCCGUAAUGCAAAGGCACAAUCUGACUACAACCCCAAUGUUAGACAUUGCUUAUAUGGGUUGGAUGCAGAUUUGAUCAUGUUGGGACUCUUAAGUCAUGAUCCUCACUUUGCAUUGCUUAGAGAGGAAGUCACUUUUGGUCCCAGCAGUAAAAAGAAGAAGCAUGGACCUAUAGAAUCGCAGAAUUUCUACCUCAUGCAUUUAUCACUCUUGCGCGAAUAUUUGGAUCUUGAAUUUUCCACACUUCGCGAAUCCCUUCCCUUCGAAUACAAUCUCGAAAGAAUAAUAGAUGAUUUUAUUUUAUUGGCGCUAUUUGUUGGUAAUGAUUUUAUACCUCAUUUGCCCAAUUUACAUAUUGCUGAGGGGGCACUCGGAUUGAUGUUUCGUGUAUACAAAGAAGUAAUACCACUUGCUGGUGGUUACAUAAAUGAUGGUGGAAAGUUGGAUAUGAGAAGAUUAGAAUUGAUUUUUAAAGAACUGACUAUUUUUGAAAAGGAAACUUUUGAAGGAGAAUCUUUUGAUUCAAAAUGGUUCAAGGGAAAGCAGAAAAAGUAUCAAGAACAGAUCGAGAAAGACAGGAAAAAUAAGAAAUUAGUAAUGACAUCAAGACAAAAAGAAAUUUUCGAGCAAAUAAAAGAUAUGAUUGAUACUCAUUCUGAGGCUAUUCAUUUUCCAUCUGAAUAUCCAGCUCGAGAUCGUGAAUUUAUUAAGAAUCUGUCUAAUGAAUUGGAUAUUCAAUAUUCGGUGGAUGAAGAAAAACAUAUAUGUGUGCAAUAUGAGUCGGAAGAUGAAACCGAUGAUAUAAUCGAGAUAAGAGAAAAAGUAUUUGAGAAAUAUGGAGAUGCAGAAAUUGUCAAGGAUGUUGACACAUCUGAAGAAAGAGAGAAUAAAAAUUUUCUCGAAUGGAAAAAAAAUUAUUAUAGGGAAAAAAUGAACAUCAACUUUGAUAACCCGGAACAAAUGGAUAAAUUAGUUUGUGCAUAUUUAGAAGGGUUGCAAUGGGUGUUACACUAUUAUUAUAGCGGCGUCGCGUCCUGGGGAUGGUUCUACCCUUAUCACUAUUCACCAAAAAUCUCAGAUUUGCAAGAUUUGGAAAAGUUUAAUAUAGAAUAUGAAUACGGAAAGCCAUUUAGACCGUUUGAGCAAUUAAUGGGGGUUUUACCAGAAGGAAGUAAAAAAAUUAUACCAGCUGCUUAUCAAGAUCUUAUGACCGAUCCUUCGUCUCCGAUCUUUGAAUUUUAUCCUACUGACUUUGAACUUGAUCUGAACGGGAAAAAACAAAAUUGGGAGGCAGUGGUCAAGAUUCCUUUUAUUGAUCAAGAGAAAUUAGUUGAUGCAUUAAAUCUCAGAGAAAAUCAAUUAACCGAGGAUGAGAGACAGAGGAAUACCUUUGGAGAAAGUAUAAUGUUCACAUAUGAUUCUAGUUUAAAUGCGAUGUAUCCUUCCUCUUUACCGGGAUUUUUUCCAGAUAUUCACCAUUGUCAGUGUCGUAUGGAAACUUAUUUCCUCCCCACCAUUGAUGGAGUGAAUCUUGUUAAAGGAUUAUGUGAUGGCGUUCAACUGGGUGCAAAAGCAAUGGCUGGUUUUCCAUCAUUAGAAACUAUUCCUCAUACAGGAUCACUUAAAAUUCAUGGUGUCAAUAUUUUUAAGUCUGAGAGCAAGAAUGAGACGAUGGUUAUCACACUAAUUAAUAAAUUUGCAGGCAUGAAAACAGAAGAUAUAGCCAAGGAAAUAGUUGGCAAGAGAAUAUUUGUCAGUUGGCCUUUUCUUCAAGAGGCCAUGGUACAGGCUGUAUCUGAUGCACAUUCUAAGUACGAAUUAAAUGUUCAUUUCAAUAGUCAACCGGGAGAAACUAUCAAAGUCGAACAUAAGAUAGAAAUGCUCGAAAAUUGGCGUAGGAAAGCCGAUAAAUUGGAACAUACUUAUAGUAAAAGAUAUGGAACUAUUACAGGUGUUGUCGAAGUUGUUGCCCACGUUCUAAUGCUCAAAGGUUUAAAGAGAUUAGACAACGGUGCGUUAGUAAAAGAAUAUGAUAACAUGGGGCAAGAAGUUGAUUAUGCAAUUCAGACAAUUGUGGAAAGCGUAGAAUGUGAGGACCCUCGAUACGAAGAGAAGCCAGCAAUUCCAAUUUCAGAAGAGUUUCCGUACGGGACUAAGAUAUUCUUUUUAGGCAAUCCGUUCUAUGGAUGCCCUGGACAAGUUAUCGCAAAUACAGAAAAUAAUUUAGCGGUGAAGUUGAUUACCACUACGUCUAAUCGUGGAGAACCUGAUUUUGGUGCAAAAGUUGCGCAGGAAUUUUUGGAACGUGUGAAAUAUUUUCCUUCCUAUACUGUAGCAAAGAAGUUGGGAAUAUUAGGGUUGACUUUAAGCAAAUUGGCUUCUAGUUUGCAUGUGAUCUGCAAGUCAACCGAUCAACGGAUCAAUCUUGGCCUGGACUUAAAGUUUGAAACAAAAAAACAAAAAGUGUUGGGUUAUACUAGAAAGUCAAAGGACGGGUGGGAAUAUAGUGAGAAGGCAAUGAAUAUUUUGUCAUUAUAUAAGCAAAAGUUCCCAGAAUUUAUUCAAGCGCUAGAAAAUAAGCACAAAGAAGAAAUUUAUUCUGCGGAAGAUUUUUAUCCAAAGGAAGAAGCAGUGGAAAAAAUACGUGUUAUAAAAGACUGGCUCAAGACUGUUGAAGUAAGGGAUCUUGAAAAGGUUCCAUUAGAAGCGGAACAAUUAGAUAAGGAAGCUAUUGCGAAAAUUGAGAGAGAUGCUGAUGAGUUCCAUAAAAACUUGACUUUCAAAACUCUUAUUGUGAAAAAUGUUCCACGACAUGUGUUACUUAAGCCUGAACAUGCAUCUACACGGUUACAAGGUCAAAAUUUCAAACUAGGGGAUCGUGUCAUUUUUGUUCAAGAUUCUGGAAGUGUGCCAAUUGCAGCCAAAGGUACAGUUAUCGGUAUUGAGAAAACAAAUAUAGACGUGAUAUUUGAUUCCUCUUUCAUGAGUGGCUCUACUCUGGGAGAUCGAUGUUCACCAUUUCGUGGAAUGACUGUACCCGGGUCCGCUCUGCUCAACUUGACUAAUGAACAAUUUAUUGACUCCCGAAAAAAUGGUUCAAAACAAGGACCAAACCAUUUCCAUAAAUCACGAACUCAAGGAUCAAUGCAGAAUGGUCAUCAUAACAUUUAUCAUUCAUCUAAUUAUCAUAGUCGUGGAGGUGGCGGUCGAGGUAGCAGUAAUAUGCAUUCUAAUCAGAAUCACGGAACAAACGGUCCGCAACACAUGAGACAAAUUAUGAAUCCUGGUCGAUUUCGAAAUAAUGGUGUUGUGAAUAGUUAUAUAUCGAUGGGUGCACCUUCAUCACCGAAUCCUAUUCAAAUUCGACCACGUUCUUCACCACAGGCGCAUGGUAACAAAUUUAUGAGUGGACAGCUCCCAAUCUAUCCUCACAAUAACUAUAGAAAUGGGUUCAAUGGUAAUUCUAGAGGUGGAAAUGGAUUUUUGCAUAGGGGCAAUCGUGGUGGACAUUUUAACAACGGUAUUUCAUCACGUGGAAAAGGGAAAGAUGAUGGAAAAACUUGA